AUGCGCCUUUUUCAGACCAAGACGAAAUUUCUGGGUCCGGUUGUCUCUGAAGAAGGGGUGGCCACUGACCCUGAUAAAAUCUUUGCAGUAAAGGAUUGGCCUCAACCCACAUCAGCGAAACAAAUACGAAGUUUCCUUGGCCUAUGCUCCUAUUACCGCCGAUACGUCCCUGGAUUUGCUGGUAUUGCACGCCCCCUUCAUAAGUUGUGCGAGAAAGGUGCAAAAUUCAUUUGGACUUCGGAAGCAGAGUCAGCUUUUAUUCAACUGAAAGAGGCAUUGACAAGCGCAUAUCCACUACGUGAUAUUGGGUUCAUUCUUGACACAGAUGGACAGAUAGCACGAUGGGUCCAAGAACUUAAGAUAUAUGACUUGACAGUUGUCCACCGUGCCGGUUUGAAGCAUUCAAAUGCUGAUGCGUUAUCAAGAAGACCCUGUAAAGUGUGUGUGAGACAACAACGCUUAAGUGAGACUGAGAGUGACGACGAUGAUGAAUGUGAUCCCUCGUAUUUGCAAUACAUACAUGUGCAAGAGGAGCAUGUAACCAAAGAACAGGUUGUUGGAGAGUGUGUAAGAGUGACCCAACCUGGAACUAGUGGUCCCGACAGAUCCUACUUGGAAGACUUUGACCCAGAAAGUUUGCGACAAGCACAGAGUUCUGACCCAGACAUAGUUCCACUUUUGCAUGCCAAGGUGAACAAUGCUGAUAGACCUAAAUGGGAUGAAGUAUCCAGUGGAACGACAGUCUUGAAAACAUUGUGGCGUAUAUGGGAUCGACUGCAAAUAGAUGCUGGACUUCUGCACCGCAAUUACUUUGAAACCAAUACAGGUGUGGAUAGAGCACUGCUUGUAGUACCUUCCAGCAAACGUGAAAGUCUGCUUCACUAUUUUCAAGAUAUACCUUCGUCAGCACAUCUAAGAUCCGACAAGAUGAUAUAUAAGCUGAAACAAUCGUUCUACUGGCCGGGUAUGAAGGACGCUGUGUCUAAAUACUGCUCAACCUAUGAUAAAUGUGUCACAAGGAAGACAACUGCUAAUAUGAAAGAUCCGCUACAACAGUUCCGUGUCGGUGCACCAAUGGAAAAGUUAGCAUUGGAUAUAUUUGGUCCUUUUCCCAUUUCAGAAUCGAAAAAUAAGUAUAUACUUGUGGUUGUUGACUGCUUUACAAAAUGGACAGAGGCUUACGCAAUUCCGGGCCAGGAAUCACAGACUAUUGUAAAGGUAUUAGUGAACGAGUUUAUAUGUCGGUUCGGGACUCCAAUGCAUAUACUUACAGAUCAGGGUACAAACUUCACGUCUACUCUUUUCAAGGAAAUUUGUGAAUUUCUUCACAUUGAUAAGGACCAAACCAGUAGCAUGCGUCCAAUGGCAAAUGGGACCGCUGAGAGAUUUAUGAGAACACUGCAGAAAAUGUUAACAAUGUAUUGUGAAGAUAACCAGAGAACCUGGGACGUAUACCUACCACAACUUCUUAUGAGUAACAGGGCAUCCUCUCAUCCAAGUAUUGGCACCUGUCCAAAUAUGAUGGUCCUGGGACAUAAUGUGGUCAUGCCAAUCGAAGCUGUAGUCGGGAAACCAGAAGAUCAAGAAACAACCGACGUCCCUGCUUAUGUAGAGAAACUUCAAGAUGCUCUGGUCAGUGUCCAUGAGCAUGCUAGAAAAUGUAUGCGUAAAACCGCAGAAUAUCAGAAAAGACACUAUGCCCUUAGGGCAAAGAAAAGGACUAUGAGGGAAGGACAGCCAGUUUGGCUCUACAAUCCCAUACGAUGUGUUGGUGUUUGUACAAAACUGACUUCAAAGUGUAUGGAGAGAUGUCCAGUGUGUCAAAACAAGAGGUUUCAGAGUAGAAAAUUAUUGAAGCAACAUGUCGGUAAAGAGCACACAUAUUUGGCAGUAAUAUGCCCAUUCUGCCCUAAGGAAAAGACUUAUAAAAGAGUAUUUGACCUGAAAACUCACUGUGGGAAGAGACACAAACAAGAGAUCAAAGAUGUACCAGAUGAUACGUUCACGGAGGCUAACGGGUUCUAUCUUGCCAUCAACCCGGAAAAAUACAAAGAGUUCUGUUGCCCUUCUGACAGAUUGUCAUAA